AUGCCAGGCGACAACAAUGAGCCGGGAUAUGCAUCACCAUGGGCCGGUGCCAAUUUUAUUCCACUUCAGCCUGAACACAACAGUCUCCGCGAACGGCGAACCUGGUUGGAGCUUAAGCGACUUGCUGCCUCUGUUCCUGAGGCUGGCAUUCAUUUUCAAAAAGUUCAACUGCAAAGACGACACAAAGAUAUGAAGGACGCGCACGGAAACUUCCACGGUGCCUUUGCAGAAAAUCCCUGGUUCAAAGACCUUUUCGAUGACUUCCGAAAACUUGAUGUAUCGGAAUUGGCACCAGAAUAUGAUGCAGGCUGUCAAUUUACAACGGUCUGUAUCAACACAAGUAUCUACCUGCCUUGGCUCCUGGGACAGUGCGCAAGAAAUGGGGUGAAGUUUCAACGUGCACGCUUGGAAAGUGUUGAAGAAGCCCGGAAUCUGAGUCACACUGGAACUCCCGCGGGAUUUAUCAUCAACGCAACGGGACUUGGUUCGAGGAGUCUCGGUGGAGUGGUUGAUACAAAGAUGCUACCUGCCCGUGGGCAGACGGUCCUGGUUCAAAAUACGAUCCCAGCUAUGAUGAUGUUCUCGGGAACCAAUGACGGACCCGUGGAAGAGAUAUAUAUGAUGCAACGAGCUGUGGGUGGUGGAACAAUUCUAGGAGGAACCUAUGAGCUUGGAAACUGGAACACAACACCAGAUCCGAACAUUGCUACAAGAAUCAUACAACGUGUUGUGGAUACCUGUCCAGAGGUUGCCGAGGGAAAAGGUAUCAAGGGAAUCCGUGUUAUCAGACAUGGCGUUGGACUACGACCAUACAGAGAGGGAGGAGUACGGAUCGAGAAAGAAAGUAUUGGGCAAGAUACAUGGAUUGUUCAUAACUAUGGCCAUGACUCGUGGGGCUACUUGGGCUCCUAUGGAUGUGCUCAGGAGGUCCUUGAGUUGAUCGAGGGGCACUCGGUGAACCAGAGUCAGAGUGGUGUGUCGAAAGCACGUUUAUAG